AUGGCAAACAUCAAGUACGUAAAGAAAAGCUCUGGUGACGGACAGCAACCCCAAGCAGCGCCAGUAGUACGCGACUUCGCCAUGCGCCCUAGCAGGACCUCUCAGCGCGCAGCAGCUUCCGACCCCGAACCUGAGCCCACACAUGUCCCUCAGAAGCCAGCGGCGUUCCCUUCGCUACCAGCCAACGCUCAACCAUCACCGCCGUUUGACCCGAAAUUCUCGGGUCAUGGUAUGAGAGAGCUGAUGGCGGCUAUCGAGACCAAGGACGAGACACGCAUGGAACACAUCAAAGACCACUUCAAGAUUAAAUACGAGGCGGGUAAAGAUCCCUGGUAUGCGGCCUUGAGGCGUCGCUGGGACCCUAAGAUGGUCGAUUCUAAGGUCACAUUCGAAUCUCUAUGGGUAUCACUACGCCAGACUAUCAUCGAGCAGAUAAAGGACGACUUCAUUACCGGCACCUAUAUCAGUCGCUUCUACCCCGUAUGCUGCAUCCUGAACCUCUCCAAGGCGAAGCUGGAUACGAUCAUGGCGGAGAACGCCGCAGUAUGGGAGACCGAGGCUGAGAUUCCACAAUACUUCAAAGACUACAGAAAGCGAUACCCUCAGGCCAUCAUCGACCCAGACGAGCCUCCCCCGAGCGAAGUAGUGAGGGCGAUCAGGUUUUUGAGACAGCAAAGGCUUCCUGUUAGUUUGCUCGGCGAGUGGCAGGCACUGCCGGGACCUGAAUAA